CGCAGAGCUUAUAUUCAAGCUCCAGCACUGCGUGCAUCGUUCCAUCUCCAUUGCCACCCACCCAUACGAUAAUACCACCGAAAGGAGCCACCAAAUUCUGGCUGCCAUCCUACUCUUGGGUGUGCGCCAUAACUAGUCUCCCGUCUUUUGCCAGAGCGUCGCUCGAGUCCAGUCCCCGAGCGAAGGCACCAUAGGUUUUGGGUCGUACAUAGCCCGGCUAUCACUAAAUCUGAUCGCCAGUUCCUCUUGAAGAAUCACACGAAGUGCAUUGCACAAUGAAUCCACAGCACUCAGCCUUUCCAUCACGUUCCGCAUCGUCGACAUCGCAGUCAUCGGCCCGCUACGGAAAACCGAGCACAGUCGGCCAGAGCGUCGCUUUGAAGGAUGGCAUAGCAGGAGUACGAAACUCAAUGGACAUAGCGAAACCAGGUACGAUGGCCUCUUUCUCCGCUACAACCGCGUUGCGUUUACCGUCGGCUCCGGCGGUCAGACAUGGGACCACCCCAUCCAUGUGGAAGGGGACACGCAACUCGUCUACGCAACCUCUCGUGACUGGCACGAAUCAUCAGCCUCGGGCUGAGAAGUUCGAUGCUAAAAGGCUAUUCCAAGAUCCGAGCAGUGUUCCAUCCGUACCCGGCGCCAGUGCACCAAAACCUGGCAUGUCGCUUGAGCAAUACAUGCCCCCUUUACCGUCGAUGCAGCCAAAGAUUGUCAGCAGGUCCGCCGUGAAACCGCAGGGCCUGCACAGUAUGCCCCAGUCUGGCACACCGAUGCUACCCCGCGGCAAUCUGCUCCCACUGGACGCGUCUCAUCCGCGCGUUCUCACUGGCGCGACCCAUCAAAAGUUCGAUGUCAAAAGGCUGUUCCAAGAUCCGAGCAGCGUUGCGUCUGUGUCCGGCACGCCGAACCCUGGCAUGUCGAACACCGUCAGCGGCACGCCGAUGCUACCCAAUUCGCCCCGAGUGAAUGCAUCUCGCCCACCAUUUACGGGGCACCGCUCGGCGUAUACUACGCCAUCGCCCCACACGCGUCCAUCUCCGUCCUUCCCGUCCUCACCGGCACCCAUUUCGCCUGCGUUCGCGCCAGAACAGUCUGCCAGCCGCUUGUAUCGUCCUUCAAUUCAGCCGCGCACCUCGAAGGUGAUGAUGUCGUCGACGGAUGGAAGGCAGGUGCAUCUCGACGAGCGCAUGGGGCGCACGACUGGUCCGUUGUCGCCCACUGUGUCACCCUCGGGCGUCAAGUCAUGGAAUAAGGGGGUUCGCACUAAGAGCUUGUCGGGAGACCAGACGUCAUACCAAGCGCAACGCGAACUCGAGAGGCUGAUUAAACAACUGGAGUGGGUGCGACUAGAGCCGAAGAUCGAACAGGAGACAGGGAACAAGCAUAAUAACAAGGAGGUGAGGCCAGACAAAGUUGCAGUGGCGGGGGAUGCGCCGAAGUCGCCUUCUCGCCCUCUUGCUCUUUCCCCCGCUGGCAAUCGCCCUGUCCCACGGCCUCUGUCUUCAUUGGAUACGGCGAGUUCACCGACCCAUUCGCCGGAUGGCGUUGGCCGUAUGGCCCCCGCAUUGCUCACCGAGCUCACCGAGCUCACCGAGGAGACGUUUGAUUCGGUCUCAAACCAGAUCAUCAUGCAGAUGAAUGAAUCAGAGGACGAGCGGACGCUCGUCGACAUCACACGUUCAGUGCUCAAGACAGCGGUGGACGAACCUACGUUGUCGGAGUUGUAUGCCCGUCUAUGCCGGAGGAUGAUGGACCAGCUCAGUCUAAACGUCCGUCACGGUGACGAGCUCUUCCGCUGGUACCUCCUCAACCAGUCUUUGCAUGAUGCAAAACGACGGGCUCUCGGUCUCAGCAAGUUCAUUGGCGAGUUGUUCAGAGUGUGGAUAGUGACGGAGCACGUAAUGCACGAGUGCGUCAAGAAGCUGCUGACGAAUGUCCUGACCACCGUCGGUCAGCAGCUCGACACGCCGGAGGCCCGCGCACAGGUGGAUGUCUACUUCACGCAUCUAACAGGGUGGGCGAACAACUCAAAUGUAAACCUCAACAUCAUUGAGCUGCGCGCUCGCGGGUGGGCGUCCCGCGACCAGGACGCAGCGCCUUGCUCGAUCCCCGCUUGGGCUCAGGUCGGCGCGCAGUAUACAACAACGACCGUUGCAAGCUUACAGAAUGACCUGUCUCACUUUGGCAAGGGCAGCAAAACCAAUUACAUGACCUCCGGGCCCUCAGGUGUCUUUGCGAAGGACAGGAGCAAAGGGGGUCCCACGUCAGCACGAGACCCGAAUAUGUUCUCCCAGCUGAUGAAGAAUCCGGAGCGCUCGGCGGAGCCUGAGGCGGCGCAGUCGAGCAUUCGACCAGUGCGCAAAGCUAGCAUCGACUUCGACUCCGUGAGCACUUCCAGAGAUCCAUGGCGGCGUAGGGAGCUCGAUCCACUUCAGCGAACCGCUCCCGAGCCCAACGAACAUGAGACAGCUUCGACGCCGGCCCAGUCGGAUGCUGUUUACUCGGAUGAUGAAGACUAUUCCGUGCCCCCGAUGACCGAGGAUGAGGCGAAGAGUCAGGUUAGUGAAGACUCGCGGGAGUUCUUCAGCACCCGCGACUUGGACGAGGCUGAGGUGUACUUCGGCAAGCUUCCUUCGGAGCACCGAUGGUUAUUGGUCGACAAGCUUGUUGCCUCCGCUUUUGAGUCGAAUGACGCCGAUGCACAGCUCGUCGCCGACUUCCUCUCCCGGGCAGUGUCGAAGAAUCUCUGCUCGCGGGAAUCCCUCGAGAAAGGCUUCAACCCCACCGCUGAGGUUCUUGAUGACAUUGCAGCGUGUGCCUGGAGAGCGUUCAACAUGAUGUCGAUGAUGAAGAAGGGCGCGGGGUUGAGGUCUUCAGCGAGACUCAGUACGAAGCCUGACACGAGCCUAUGAACGUUGCUAACUGAUGUGAGCCAUGCCUGUAUGUUCAAUCUUCAUCUUUUAUCUAAGUACAACAUCGGUCUGUCACUCAUGUGCAGACCAAACCGCAC